AGAAACUGAAACUGUAAAAGUGAAAGAAACUGAAACUGUAAAAGUGAAAGUGAGUGAAGAGGCAGAAAAGGUUAAAGAGGUGAAAGACACAGAAAAAUUUGAGACAGAAAAAGAGGCAGAAAAGACAAAUGAGAUAAGAAACAAGACAGAAAAGGUGAAAGAAAAAGAGAAAGAGAUGGAGAAAGAGACAGAGUCAAUAGAGCAGAAGACUGAAAUGAACAAGGUAGAAGAAUCACCAGAUACUGUGUUAAAGAUGGCUGACGUGACAGAAAAAGUAGAAAAGGUAGAGAUGAAAGAACAAGUAGAGAGCAAAGCUGAGAAAGCAGAGAAUGUGAAAGAGAUGGACAAAACUGAAAAGUCUGAAGCGGAAGAUAAAACUGAGAACAAAAAUACUGAGAAGCCUGAUAGAAAAGAGAUCAAUGGUGAUAAAGAGCAGCACAUCAAGACAGUGGAGAAGGUGCCGGAACAACAGUCAAUGGCCGUCAAGCUUGAUGCCAGUUGUGACAAGCUGGAGAAGAAGGCUGACCUGGAGACAAAGGCAGCAGAGGAGGUGGACAAAACCAAAGAAGACCAGGCUGAUAAAGCCAAGAAAAUAGAGAGUGUGGAUGAGGUGGAAAAACUGCCUCAGAAGCCUGCAGAAAAGCCACUGCAGGAGGAGAAGCAGGAAAUAAUGCAAGCUGAAAAAAAGACUGUUGAGACAAAAGCUGACAAGGACAAGGCCGCACAAGCAGAUGUACGCGAUGUGGUCAAAAAAGCUAAAUCUGCUACACCUGGCAAAGAUCUGGCAAGUGCAGACAAGAAGACCAAGCCUGCUGCCGGGUUGACCAAACCGAGCACCACUGCCAAAAUGCGGCCAAGCUCUGCUGCUGCAAGUGGUGCUUUACACACAGCCCCUACAAAGCGCCCAUUGCCCCCCUCCACCAAACCCACCUCAGACAACAAAACAGCCACAGCCAAGGCACCAUCCACAGCCACUGUUAGCCUAAAGAGACCCUCCACCACUUCUGCCAGCCGCCCCAUAUCAUCAGUCACAACCAGUACAUCUAAUGUCAAACCCAAGGCACCCACAGAGAAGCGGCCCCCUGUGCCAAAGGCCAGUGCUGCCACCACAAAUCAAAAAUUCUCUUCUCCUGCCACUAAAACUAGAACUGUUACCACAGCAGCCAGUAAAACCACUACAUCAGUGCACACAGUGUCAUCUACUGGCACCACUGCAGCAAAAAAACCUUUGGCCUCUAAGACAGAUGUCAAACCAGGAGAGGAGAAGAAGCCCAGCACCCUGAGGACAUCUACAGUUAACACUACUAAGACCAAGACUACUACCACUACCCGCAGCACUGCUUCCGCCUCCUCUGCCUCUCACACUCGAGCCACAGCGGCCAAACCUGCCACGCUAUCCUCCACUGCUGGCACAGUACCAGAGAAAAAGCCACCGGUACCCCGCAGCCCCCGGGCCACUUCCUCAGCCACAGCUACCACUGCAACUACCACCUCGAGCACCACAGCUCGGCCCACCUCAGCACCAGCCCCUGGCAUCCGCAAUGCCCGCUCUAAGAUUGGCUCUACAGACAACAUAAAGCACCAGCCUGGAGGAGGGAAGGUGUCAUCUGCCUCUCAAAGCAGGGGUGUGGUUUCCAAAGGACUGAGCCAGGGCAAAGUUCAGAUAGUCUCCAAAAAGCUGGACUUCAGCCACAUCACCUCACGCUUGGGCUCGAAGGACAAUAUAAAGCAUGUUCCUGGUGGAGGGAAUGUGCAGAUACUCAGCAAGAAGGUAGAUGUGAGUAAGGUGACCUCAAAAUGCGGCUCCAAGGACAACAUUAAACACAAACCUGGUGGUGGGGAUGUGAAGAUUGAGUCCCACAAGGUGAACUUUAAGGAAAAGGCCCAGUCCAAAGUGGGCUCCACGGACAAUGUGAGCCUUUUACCUAGUGGAGGAAACAUCAAGGAUGAGGGGCCCCAGGCUGAGGGGAAUGAUAACUCCCUGAGUUGCGUCCCCACCCAAGACCCUGGCUCCCAUGCGGGGCUGGCUGGGAGCCCUGCUGCACAGGAAAACGAGCUGAAGGACGGGGCUUCCUGUGAUAGUAAGGGCCACCAGGAGCCCCAGGAUCUGGACUCAUGCAUCCCAGAGACAAAUUGAGUGCUUCAAGCUCAACCUCCGCAAGAAUGCUCAUUCUCGCACGGACCAUGGCGCUGACAUCAUCACCUGGACAACCCCCCCAGGACAACAACAGACCCAUCCCCCACAGUUCAUCCAUUUCCGCCACCAGACUCCUUGCAGUGUUUCUCUCAUUAAAUCGUUGGCUCCUGCAAGCUGUGUUUGCUCCCCCUCUGCCCCCUCCUUGCUGCAUCUCCAAGGGGGCUACAGCAGUGUAACAGGUUCCUGACACUCCUUGCACCCAUCAAGUUCAGAAAACUCCUCUAAUCUUAAAUCUGUUAUUGACACAUAUAAUGGUUCUGCCACUCUAAUAUCAACGUCAUGCCUCUUUUAUCACAUCUAAGCUCAUCAGUAUGCGCCAUUGCCCUCAUCUUUUAUAUUUGGCUAAAGUGACUGUAUAGACAUUGUGUGGACAUUGAUGGCAAUCUAUGUGAAGUAAUAUUUGGUAGCAUCCUCUCCAGGCCAGCUGGCCUAGAAUGAUUGGGUUUCACCUAAUCGGAGCCUGGUGGUGGGCUUUGCUCUGUCGGACCUGCCAUCACUUCUCCACCGCACCACAAACAACAGCAGAAGCAAAUUCAUUUGUCCCCUGAGCAAUGUGAAAACCUGCUCUGACUCUCCUAUGGUUCCUGUCACACAGCUUAGCUUCUCUUUUUCUCAUGACUGCAGGGUCUGUUUGUUCCCAGUAACCACUUCUUCUCUGCUUCAGUAGUGUCAUAGUAAUUCAGUGUUCUUCAUCACGUCUCUUGUCACCAACACUCACCAUAAACAAACUGACAAACAAAAUAGCUAGACAACAAGUAGGCUGUUUAACUCUUUAUUCUGUGUUUGUGAUGAUGUGUUUGAUUGACAAAAUUGUGCAUUUGCUUUCUGUUCAGAUCUUAUUUUGUUUUUCUCAAGUUUUCUUUUUCUUUCCUCUUAGUUUAACAAGGGCUUUUGUAUUUAUUGUACGUUUCUUCCUGUAUAACCAAUACAGUGGAUGGUCUUUAUUUCCAAUAGAAACGCACAGGAUUUUGUAAACCAAGACACACAGAGAAGAAAGCGAUGGCAUUGAGAGGGAGGAAGAAAGUGAGGAAUGAGGUGUUGCAAGAAUGGUGAAAUUGAAGCUUUAGAGGUGUGUGGCAAAAUGACAAGAUGUUAAAAUCUUAUAAUUUAUGAAAUGUGGUAAAGGAAGUUUGCAGAAUUAGAGAAGUGUUAAGGUGCAGCGUGCAACCCAGAGGGAGAUGUUGUCAGAUUGGAAAUGUGUCUGAAGUCAAAGGAGCUGUGUGUCUCAUAUGUGCCUCCUGUCCUUCAUACAUAGAUACUAGAGUGAACUAGGAUGAUGCAGGUUCAUGCCUAUAACUGCUUCAAGACAGUGAAAAUCUUAGUUGAUAAAAAAAAUGACAUAAAAAGAAGAAAUUCUCUAAAUCAAAGUAGUGUGUAGUCUGUGCACCUGAAAGCCUGUGCAUUUAUGACUCAGCGCUGUGGUUGGGUACCAUAGGUAUGUCUCUGGGGCAAUCCUAGAUACGUUGAUGUGUUGUUACUCAAAUGAUGAUUUUCAUUGAGUUGGUAGAAUUAGGUAUUACAACUUUCUAGUUUCAGCUAGUCUCAGCAACAGGAUCAUGAUUUAAUUCCACAGAUUUGUAUACAGUGAUUACACGACUCAAACAUACAGAGAUAUACUACUCAUAGGAUGGCAUUUUUAAUCUUUUAUUUUAUUCAUUUAAUUAUGUCAGUGAUACUUCAGCUACAUUCUGCUCAUUAUCCUCUUGCGAGCUAUUAUUGCAUUAAAGUUGGGUAUUACUUGCAGUUCUAUAACCAGUACCUUUACCAAAGCAAUACUUUUGUCAUUACCUUAACCUGCAUUCAUUGACUUUUUUGAGCUGCAAACCCAACAUUAAAAUAUUAUCACCUUAUAUAUUUGAUGAGGCAAAUAUAUUGCCUAUUUACACAUCUAUCAGUCACAUUAUAUCAACAUUAAUUUGGAGUUGUGUUUCUUGCCAGCUGGCAAACAAAGUCCAGUAUUUUCUGUCCUGUUUGCUGUGUUUGAGAGGGAAUAUUUAGAUGUUUUCUGCCAGCUGAGGAUUGAUUGUGGCUAAAAGAGAAGCUGUCAUGAAAUAGUUGAGUUGCUGUGUGUGCACCACAGCUGUCGCCCAGCUGAAAUUUUUCUUGUGCCUGACAGUGACCAUUUUUUCUAGCUGUGGUUUUAACCCAGAGUUACCGCUUCUUAAGAUGAGAGACACUUUAUGGCCCAAAACACAAGAACAAAACAGCAACUGCAUCGGGGGGGGGGGUUGGUAGGUAGGGGGCUUCAAUGAUUUUCAGAGCAGUUUCUCUGUCCAAGUACUUUAAAUGGUUUUAAGGAGAGAGUGUUUUUUUAUUGUUCUGAUUAUUAGUAUGACAAAUUGAAAAAGUUGGCCUUUUUAAAAGAGGCUACUGAAAUGAAAGAAUGUGUUUUGAGAUAUAAUGUACUAAAGACACAACACUUUUGUAAAUGUAUUUAUCGUUGUGUUGCUAUAACCUCAUGAUGGUUGUGCACUCAUGUUCGAAGGGGUUAAACUUUUAAUUUGUGACAGCCAGUUUUACAAACUCUGUCGUGGAUUUUCUCCAAGGAUGUGCGAUUGGAAAAGCAUAACACUUAGAAAGUCUUAGGUCAUUGCAUAGGCCUGUAAUUUGGGAGUACUGCAUAUCAAAACAUAUUGGUCUCUACAUAUUCUACUUAAGAGCACCACACUGAGAGCCUAAUACAUCCUUGUCUGACAUAAAGACUAACUGUAGUUGCCAGGUUUGGCUUGCAUAAUAAAUGCUCUUCAGUAAUUUGUCCAAGAAGCAUCAUAAAGCUUCAUGUACUGCUAUUGCACUCAAAUGUAUAAGUGUAACACUAGCUAAUAAACACCUGAACCUGCAGAGCAUGCUGAAAAACAACAGUGGGAUGUAUUAGAUAGUGAUUUGCAGAACCUCCUCAAUGUUUUCUGCUUUUUUUUUCAUUAAAUUUUUUGGUUUGGGAAAAGUGUUUAUUGUGAUUACUUGUUAAUUAGUGGUGUGAUUAUUAAACAUGAAAUAAAAUGGACUA